GCUGCUGUAGACAUUAGCAGAAGAAGCUGACAAGCUACUGUAAACAAAGCUACGCCACCGUCUGUUGAACAACUUAAAAAAAAACAAAACUGCUGAAUGUGGCGAAGAUAAGAUCCCGAACACCUCUGCAUAACACUGAAGCCUCUCCACCCUCCGCCGUUCAGGCAUGAGCCGGCCUGCAGUCUGACAGGAAGAUAAUGGCUGCAGAGCUGUUCCCCACUAAGAAGCUGGUCCCCCCCGCCUCAGCAAGCAGCACCACCUCCAUCCAGCAGUACCAGCAGCAGAACCUGACCAACAACAACACCACCAUCACCGCCCAGGGCUGCUGCAACUGGCAGGGCCUGUACCCGACCAUCCGAGAGAGAAAUUCAGUCAUGUUCAACAAUGAGAUGAUGGCAGAUGUUCACUUUGUGGUCGGGCCGCCUGGUGGGACGCAGCGAGUACCGGGACACAAGUACGUCCUGGCUGUCGGCAGCUCUGUGUUCCACGCCAUGUUCUACGGAGAACUGGCCGAGGAUCAGGAUGAGAUCCGGAUCCCUGACGUGGAGCCUCCUUCGUUCCUGGCCAUGUUGAAGUAUAUCUACUGUGACGAGAUCGACCUGUGCGCCGACACGGUGCUCGCCACCCUCUACGCUGCCAAAAAGUACAUCGUGCCUCACCUGGCCCGGGCCUGCGUCAACUUCCUGGAGACCAGCCUGAGCGCCAAGAACGCCUGCGUGCUGCUGUCCCAGAGCUGCCUGUUCGAGGAGCCCGACCUAACGCAGCGCUGCUGGGAGGUCAUCGACGCGCAGGCCGAGCUCGCUCUGCGCUCCGAGGGCUUCUGCGACAUCGACACCCAGACGCUGGAGAGCAUCCUGCGGCGGGAGACGCUCAACGCCAAAGAGAUGGUGGUGUUCGAGGCGGCGCUGAACUGGGCCGAGGCCGAGUGCCAGCGGCAAGACCUGUCGCCCACGAUCGAGAACAAGCGUCUGGUGCUGGGGAAGGCCAUCUACCUGAUUCGCAUCCCCACCAUGGCGCUGGAGGACUUCGCCAACGGGGCGGCGCAGUCCGGUGUGCUAACGCUCAACGAGACCAACGACAUCUUCCUGUGGUACACCGCCGCCAAGAAGCCUGAGCUCUUGUUCUGCACCAAACCCCGUAAGGGCCUGGCGCCGCAGCGCUGCCACCGCUUCCAGUCCUGCGCCUACAGGAGCAACCAGUGGCGGUACCGGGGCCGCUGCGACAGCAUCCAGUUUGCCGUGGACAAACGCGUUUUCAUCGCCGGCUUCGGUUUGUACGGCUCCAGCUGCGGUUCGGCCGAAUACAGCGCCAAGAUCGAGCUGAAGCGCCAGGGCGUGCCCAUGGCCCAGAGGAUCAUCAAGUACUUCUCCGACGGCUCCAGCAGCACCUUCCCCGUCUGGUUCGAGUACCCGGUGCAGAUCGAGCCAGACACCUUCUACACCGCCAGCGUGGUGCUGGACGGCAACGAGCUGAGCUACUUCGGCCAGGAGGGCAUGACGGAGGUGCAGUGCGGGAAAGUGACCUUCCAGUUCCAGUGCUCCUCGGACAGCACCAACGGCACCGGAGUGCAGGGAGGCCAGAUCCCCGAACUCAUCUUCUACGCCUGAGCCCGGCAGGAGGGGGGACGCCGUCGAGAUUCCCGCUUCACCGUCGGAGGAGGGAGGGGCUCCCGGGUUUACUGCUGAGCCUUCAAAACACGGAGCGUCGGUUACAGAGGACACACAUUCCCUCACCACCUCUGUGGUUGGUGUUUUCCCACAGCAGCUGCGGUUGUAGAGCUUCGGUCGCUGUUGUUUCCACAUAAGGUGGCAGAGGAGCCCACACACACACACACACACCUCCCAGAUCUCAAUAAUUCAUCGUGCAGCUCUGUGUUGUUAACCCAGCUUCUCUUCCGGAGGUGGGUUUGAAACGGACACUUUAAAGGAUCAGUCUGACAUUAUUCUGUAUUUUUCCUACUGUCAACAAAUCCCAUGUGCAGACUUAAACCAGCUGAAGACGUAGAUCUUUAAAAACUCCUCACAGACAUUUCGUUUCAUUUUUUAAAAGUCUCAGUCAUUUUCCUCAAACAGCUGCUCGCUGUGGUUUUUUAUCAAACAAACAGGAGGAAACAGGGACUUUGUGGGG